UCAGCAAGACAACCAUCUCCGCAACCACAAUCACACAUGAUCUAGAUCUUGGCCCAUGAAAUUCUUGCCGCUCCUCUCCCACACUCUUGACACACACAUAUAGGUGCCCUCACACACACACUCUGACACAGAGAGUACUAGCCCAUAGAGAAGAUGAUUGUAGCACGCACCAGAUCGCCAGGUUCCUGCGUGGGUCGCAUCUCGGUUAAUGUUCGAGUUCGUUCGCCAUUUCAUCAAUGCAAGAGAAGGUACAAUUCCACUAAAACAUAUGAAAAAACUGAGUUUUCCAGCAAAAGCAGUGAAAAGGAUUUCAAUAGAGCAACGUUGGAGCCAGAGACAGAAUGUGGCAACCGAGUCAUGGUUGUAGUUGAUUCGAGCCCUGAAUCAAAGGGUGCUCUCCAUUGGGCACUCUCUCACACUGUUCAAAGCCAGGAUACCAUUAUUCUUCUGCAUGUAACCAAACCCUGUAAACAAGGUGGAAAUUCUGAGAAGAAACUUGACCAAAAGGCUUAUGAACUUCUUUGCACUAUGAAGCAAUUGUGCCAAGUGAGAAGACCUGGGGUGCAAGUUGACAUAGUACUGCGGCAAGGGAAGGAAAAGGGUCCAAUAAUAGUGAAAGAUGCUAAGCAACAAAGGAUUUCUCUAUUGUUGUUGGGGCAAACAAGUAGAUCCUUAAUGUGGUGUCUACGCAAGAUGUGGACAGGGAAAAGAAGGGGCAGCAGCAUUGUAGAUUACUGUAUUCAAAAUGCUAAUUGCAUGACAAUAGCAGUGAGGAAGAAAAGCAGGAAAAAUGGAGGAUAUUUGAUCACCACUAAGAGUCAUAAGGAUUUUUGGCUUUUGGCUUAGUAAAAUGUUUGGCAAAUAUUAGAUAUGUGAUUCAUGAGGAAUGUGGCUCUAUCUG